UGUGAAACACUUGACCAUAUUUAGACAUUGUGCAUAACAUCAAGAUCCAAAUCUUGUAUAAAUUUGUGACCAUCGUCUCUUAAACAAGCCAAAAGACUCUCUCUCUCUCUCUGUUGCUUCACUCUGUUUUCGUGCGCUGUCUGAAAGGUGCGAGUUAAUAAAAAUGCCCGCGGUUGUCGUGAGCGGCGGAGGCAAAGCUCCGGAGUUCGAGGCCAAGAUGACGGCCUACGUCUUCCUCUGCGUCAUCAUUUCCGCCGUCGGUGGAUUGAUCUUCGGUUAUGACAUCGGAAUCUCUGGAGGAGUGACGGCCAUGGACGAUUUCUUGAAGAAGUUCUUCCACGAGGUGUACGAGAGGAAACAACACGCGCAUGAGAACAACUACUGCAAAUACGACAACCAGUUCCUGCAGUUGUUCACUUCAUCUCUCUACCUCGCCGCCCUCGUCGCCAGUUUCCUCGCCUCCAUUGUCUGUUCCAAGCUCGGACGCCGACCCACCAUGCAAUUCGCCUCCUUCUUCUUCUUGCUCGGCGUCGCCCUCACGACCGCCGCCAACAACAUCGUCAUCCUCAUCUUCGGCCGGAUCUUUCUCGGCUUCGGUGUCGGUUUCGGCAAUCAGGCGGUUCCUCUGUUCCUAUCGGAAAUCGCUCCAGCCAAACUCAGAGGAGGCCUGAACAUAUGCUUCCAGCUCAUGGUCACGAUCGGAAUCCUCAUCGCCAACUUAGUGAACUACUUCACGUCAAACGUCCACCCGAACGGAUGGCGGAUCGCGCUCGGGGGCGCGGCCGUGCCGUCGGUCAUCCUAGGUGUCGGCUCGCUCGUGAUCUGCGAGACGCCGACCAGUCUGAUCGAGAGAAACAGAGUGGAAGAAGGGAAAGCCACGCUAAGGAAGAUCAGAGGAGUGGAAGACGUUGAAGAAGAGUUUGAAUCGAUCGUCAGAGCCUGUGAGCUGGCCAGACAGGUCAAGGACCCUUACAGGAAGCUGAUGAAGCCAGCGAGCCGACCUCCAUUCGUCAUUGGAAUGCUGCUUCAGCUGUUUCAGCAGUUCACAGGGAUCAACGCCAUCAUGUUCUACGCUCCUGUUCUGUUUCAGACCGUUGGGUUUGGGAACGACGCCGCGCUGCUCUCGGCGGUCAUCACCGGCUCGAUCAACGUUCUUUCCACUUUCGUCGGGAUCUAUCUGGUGGACAAAACCGGUCGGAGGAUUCUGUUGCUUGAAUCCGCUGUUCACAUGUUCAUCUGCCAGACAAUCAUCGGAAUCAUUCUGGCGAAGAAUCUGGAAAUCACGGGAUCGUUAGGGCGCGUGGAAGCGCUGGUGGUGGUGAUAUGCGUAUUGCUGUUCGUUAUGGGAUUCGCCUGGUCAUGGGGUCCACUCGGGUGGCUCAUACCGAGCGAGACCUUCCCACUGGAGACAAGAACUGCAGGGUUCGCCUUCGCUGUCUCCUGCAACAUGUUCUUCACUUUCCUAAUAGCUCAAGCCUUCCUGUCCAUGCUAUGCAACAUGAGAUCCGGCAUCUUCUUCUUCUUCAGCAGCUGGAUCCUCGUCAUGGGACUUUUCGCCAUGUUUUUCGUCCCGGAGACCAAAGGUGUCCCCAUCGACAUGAUGAGGGAUCGUGUCUGGAAACCUCACUGGUUCUGGAAAAGGUUCAUGCUCCCUGAAGACGAUCUCCACCGCGACGUCGACGUCGAGAAGAUCUACGACUGAAAAAUCUUGCUGUCUUUCUGCCGUUACGCUUCUUCGCUUUUUUUUUUUUUGGGUAUAAGUUUAAAGUUGUGUCUGUAAUGGAACUCCAUGGUUGUUCCCAA